UUUUAUACUUCAAUCAACUUCAACCUGCGACAUAAGUAGAUAGAAUCUCUGUUUGCGUCUUCUUCCAACCAUGAAUUUUUCAAGGAUUGGGCGCUCACUCUCGCGCUCUUCACGCGCCAAAGAUUAUUUGCGCGGUGAUGCGAAAUUGGGAACCCUUCUCGGAGCUACGCGAACGAAUGUGCAUUCAGAAGGAACGGAAUUGGGAUUAGGGUUUUUCAGGGGAUAUGUUCCUCAUUGUAGAGCUCGUGGAAACGGAAUCCUUUCCAGUUUGCCUGAUUUUAAGUGUGUUGCGGCGAACCGUAACAUUCAUUAUCGGUUGUUUUUCAGCGAAGGACCUAAGAAGAAUUCUGAGAAGUUCUAUCCCAAGGAGAAGGAGGAAACUCCAAAGGGGGAGGAUAAAAAGCAUGAGUCUAAAGAAGAGUCAGAGACAAACACAGAUGAUCAUGGAAAUGUUUACACGAUUGAGAUGCCCCUUAUGGAAUUUAUCAUCUCUUGUUUGGUGAUGACGCUAUUUGUUAAAGUGUUUCUUCAUCGUGAAAAGCAACAGAUUAACUUUCAGGAGUUUAGAAAGGAGCUUUUGGAGCCAGGUUUAGUAGACCAUAUUGUUGUGUCAAAUAAGUCAGUUGCCAAAAUAUACGUGAGGAAUACUCCUCGUAACCAAACAGACGGUGAAGCUGUCGAAGGAACCCUCCCAGGAAAUGGAACUGGUGGGCAAUAUAAAUUUUAUUUCAAUAUUGGAAGUGUGAAAUAUUUUGAGAAGAAGUUAGAAGCAGCGCAAGAAGCACUAGGCCUUGACCCCCAUGAUUAUGUUCCUGUUAUAUAUUCUUUUGAAGUGGAUUGGGAUCACGAGUUUAUGAGGUAUGCUCCAACAAUGAUUGCUUUGCUUGUGGGAUCCCUCUUGUAUAUGGUGACCAGGAGAUUGUAAGGUGAACUUGGUGUUGGUGGCGACAGUGGUCAUAGGGGUGCUCGUGAAAUACUUAACAUAGGGAAAAUGGGAGAAAAUAUGGGUAAAUUAGUAAAUUCAUACUAUAUUAAUGUUUUUUUAAUAUUUGCUGUUAAUAAAGACUUAAUAACAAAAUUUAAUA